AUGUCUUCUCCUUUAGCUACAGUUUCCGCGUUUGUAGAAGGAGCUCCCCCGGGAGAGUCACUCCUACUGACCUCGUUCAAGCUGGCAGAUGUCAUUGCAGAUAUCAAAGCCCUCACGAUCGAUACUCCUUCAAUCGUAUCCCAACUAGGUCCGGCGUUCGAGAAAUACAAUGAGGAACAGUUCGCGACAGUCAAGCUGCCAGGUAGCAGUCAACACAAAGCAAGCGCUGUCCAAAGCCAUGUCCUGGAGAGCAGUCAAUCUGAUCUUGUUAAAUCGCUCUCGAAGGCCUUAGGCUCGCAUGUCAAUGAGCAUUACCCAAAUGCCUCGUACGGCGUCUACCCCAUCGAAUCCGACUCGAAGAUUGCGAUCCUAGUGGUUGCAAACAAAUAUAGCCCAAACAACUUCUGGAACGGUCGGUGGCGCUCGCUUUACAUAUUCGAUCCAUCCUCAUCCUCCCUCUCCGGAACUAUCAAAAUCGAUGUACACUACUACGAGGAUGGCAAUGUCCGUCUCCUAACCACUAAGCCCGUCUCGGCAUCCAUUCCCUCUGCGUCUGCCGCCGCGAUUGUCCGAGAAAUCACUGUUGCCGAGAAGAAGUACCAAGAGGAAGUCAACAAAGGCUUCAACAACUUAAGCGAGGGAGCAUUCAAGGGAUUGAGGAGACAACUACCGAUCACCAGACAGAAGAUUGAAUGGGACAAAAUCGCCGGGUAUCGUCUGGGUCAGGAUAUUGGGGGAGGUAGUACGAAGAGAUAA